AUGGCGAAAUCCAAGAAACGCCAGAGAAAGCGUUCCAACAGAGCAAAGAGAGGCUCCCCAUACCCUUCCAAUACGCAAAAGUCGAAACCAGGACAACCUAGCAGAAACCAAAAGUCAUCACCGCCCCGUAAGCGCCAACGCGGACGUGACACUUCCAGCGAAGACACCGACGGUGAUACCAACAUGCCCUCUUCAAGCCCCAACAGAAGCUCAACAACAUCCCCUGUCACCCGCUCCCCUCAGCCGCCAUCUCCGACGACAUCAUCAUCAUCAUCAUCAUCGUCAUCACAACACCGCGAAGACUCCGCCCCAAGAGACUGCCCAACCUGCGAACUGAUGCAGUCCCGCGCAGCGUCCCUCAGAGAUACCCUCGCGGCGCUGGCUACCGCCCAAGCCGGCGCAAUCGACCUUUGGGCCGGCCCGUCAGUGGUCGCGGCUGACCAGCCACAGGCACCCGUCCAGGAGAAGAAGGCCGCGGACUCUAUGGAUUGGCAGCAGGACUGUGCUCUCCCCGUACGGAUCGUGACGGAUGUGCCUGAGUUGAGAUGUUAUCCGCCAAAGGACCUCCGAAGGCGCCUGUACAGCGUGAAGCGUCACAACCCUCCCAUCGUCACCUACAAUACGGUCAACGAUGACGAGGACAUCACUCUCUCUCCGCCGCGUCAGGCUCUUCAAUGA